AUUUAUUGAUUUAUGUUGAUAAAUGAUUCAUUGUUCAAUACAACUUGCAUUUUAAAUAUUUUUUCACAUAGACAUUGCCUUCAAAUAAAAUAGUCAAAUAUGUAUCAGUCUUAGUCUUUCAUUUCAAUUCAAAUAAAGACUCGUAAUGAUUCACCAUACUACAUAAUUUAACUUUUUGGCUGGUUUCUCUCAAUGUUUUCUUUAGUUCAGUGAGAAUUCCUGAGAUAUGGAGAGAGAGAAUGCAACAUCACUGGAAGAUUUUAUCCUCCUGGGGCUCUUCCCUGAUUACAGACACCCCAGCAUUCUUAUCUCCAUCAUCCUUCUCAUCUACCUCAUUGCAGUAGUAGGAAACGCCACUCUGGUCCUCCUGAUAUGGGUAGAAUCUCGUCUCCACACUCCUAUGUACUUCCUUCUAAGUCAGCUCUCCCUCAUUGACCUGGUCUAUGUUUCCAGCACAGUCCCCAAGAUGACCAUUAACUUCUUCUCUGGGAGCAGAACAAUAUCACGUGUUGGCUGUGGCACUCAGAUGUUCUUCUGCCUGAUGCUAGCAGAUGCAGAAUGCAUCCUCUUGACCCUCAUGGCCUAUGACCGCUAUGUGGCUGUGUGUAAUCCUCUGCGAUAUCCAACUAUCAUGAGUUCCAGGAUCUGCCUGCAGAUGGCUGUUGGGUCUUGGAUUGGAGGUGUGUUGAAUUCCUUGGCACAGACUGUUUACACAAUGCAUUUCCCCACCUGUGAGAAAAGGGAAAUCAGCCACUUCCUCUGUGAGAUGCCAGCUAUCCUGAUGCUCUCCUGUGAGGACACAUCAGUCUACCUAAAGGUGGUGAUGGUGUUGAGCACAGUGUUUAUUAUUGUGCUGCUGUCUCUCAUUACAGUUCCUACAUUCGUAUCUUCCUCACUGUCUUCAGAAUGAACUCUCCUGA